GAGAGUUCGUAUACUUCGGAAUUUGACAACCAGCCAGUCACAAUCACUUCAACUGCAGCUGGGGCCUACCGAGAGUCGAGACUCCGGUUCGGGACCGUUUCGAAGUUUCUCGUCAAGCUGAAGGUAUCCAAGACGUCGGACCAGAUGGCGUCGCCUCAAACACGACGCCGUUUAAACCUCAUCCGCUCUCAAGACAACAACCAUAAAUGUUUCGAGUGCGACACUUCGAAUCCCCAAUGGGUGUCGGUGACGUACGGAAUUUGGAUCUGCCUGGAGUGCUCGGGUGUGCAUCGCAGCCUCGGCGUGCACAUAUCCUUCGUGCGAUCAGUGACCAUGGACAAGUGGAAGGAAAACGAGAUUGAAAAAAUGCAAGUGAGUGCACCCCAUUACAGCACGAUUGCGAAAUUGGCCAUGGUAUUUUUUUUUAACUCUGGCUGCUUGUUUUUAAGUGAAUGGUUUUAUUGCGAAAUGAAACAGGAAAUAGGACAUGACUGCACGGUCUUAUCGCCGCUGCAAAUCACAAACAGGUUUGAACCUCUCCGCGACGCCCCGCUCGACGCCGCAUUGCCCAUCACCGCGCUCUCCGAAGGACGCGAGUGGAGCCCCUCGGACUACCAGCCGGACCGGCCGGCGCCCAAGCCGCAACCCUGGUGCCUCCAAGCUCCAAGAACUCCAACGACUUCCAAGGACAGGGAUUACUACCAUACCAUUAACUCCGCUUCGUUUUGCAGCAGCGAGUACGGAAGCGGUCGCUACACGGGCUUCGGUAACCAACAGCAGACGCGGUCAACCCCCAUGUCGCCCACGCAAACCGGCAACGAAGUGGUGGACAACAGUCUUGCUGCGCUUGCUUCGGGAUGGUCGCUGUUCACGUCGACAGUGUCAAAAUGCGCGCGCACCGCCACCGAGUCCGCAGUCCGCUACGGCGGCAUGGCCUCGCAGCGGGUCUCCGAGAUGGCCACCACCGUCACUGAGAAGGUGAACAACCGGGGUGGAUGGAGCUCGCUAGGCGGUACAACCGACACCCGUCGAGAAUCCUCCAGCGGUUCCAACCAGCUCUACAAGUCCCAGUCGUAUGGUGCUAUGCGCAGUUCCUCCUCCGAGCCCUACUCGCAGUGGAACGAGCAGGUCCAGCCUUCAGUAGCGGCCCGUAACAACCUGGACACCCGUGACCUAUCACAGGUGGGAGUGUCCAACCCGCCCCCCGACAUCAAGGACCUCAAGAUACGCAAGCAGGAGGACAGCUGGGACUGGCUGAACAACUAGAUCUGAUGUGAGUACAGUGUCCAACCUGGACACCCGUGACCUAUCACAGGUAGGAGUGUCCCACCCGCCC